UAUCAUUACAUAUUUAAAUGACGAACAUUACUGUUUCCAUGCUAUAUUGUUUGUUAAUGUCUUUUGCGUGAUUUAUUUGGACUGUAUCGGAAAGGCACUCAAAAUAUACAAAGAUCCAGUGAUAUUCAGUCAGAUUCGGUUCUUCAAGACAAGGUGGUGGCGUACGUGUGAUAGAACUAGAACUUGGUCGUACUACCCUAUAGCGAACGUAUUUUGGAGAUCAAUGUUGUUCAAAGAUUAAUCAAUGGCAUCAGAAAACCAGGCAUCUCAGUCAAAACCACGUUCAAUGUUGCCUCGUACACUGGUAGUUGUCCUGAAUCCUAUAUCCGAUGUUCCGACAACGAAACUACGUCGUUUUAGUAGUAGGAGAUUUGAGAAAGUGUUUGAAAACUUCAGGCAAUGCAAUAAACAAAGUAUUAGUGUACAAUUACAAGAUGCUGUUGAUGAUAUACAGUUUGUUGGAUGGAUUUCGCCAUUUACUUUGUUGAUUCAUGGUUCAACGGAAGAUAUGGACGCGAUAGAAAAUGCUUGGGUAGGGAGGAUGUUGAAACCUCCGUCUGGGUUUCUUAUCAAAGAAUUUGGUAAGUUAGGAGGAUAUUUAUUUCAUUUUCAAAAAUAUGAAGAUAUGUGUAUAUAUAAUAAAUAGAACUGUUUGGCUAAUCCUUGUAUAAAUUUCGGAGAGACAUGCAGUAAACACCGACAAGAGGGAUCAAAAUGGCUGGAUCAACGUAAAGGAUUAAUAUAAAUACUCUGAUGCAUGACGUCCUGCUGCGUAUACAAUUGAGUUACCGGGCUUCGAGGUGCAGUUACCUGUCAACGCACGCUUUCAUCUUUCCAUCGAUUUAACUUUGUAUAGAUGUUUGCAAGGCUGUCAAAAAUUGAUCUGCACAUACUUUCUGUUUGUAGAACACACAAAGUCAGUCAACAUGCUAUUUUCUACAAAUAGAAAAUAAAUAUAGUCAAAAUAGACGCAGAAUACGUCUUUUCGGGGUUCGCGACACAAUCUUAGGAAGCGCAUGGGCAAGCACAAUAGACUAACAAUACCAUUACCCUGGGGACAACUAUUCCCAUUGGGACGAGGUAGUAUUUUUACCAAUGUGCUUGUGCCACUGAGGUGCAACAUGGUGUAACUCUUAAAAGGCGCAUUAAAAAAAGUUGAAAUUUUCACCGCAGAUUUACCGGUUUAAUCGAAACAUCGACUUCGCCAAAUCUUGGGAGAGGUACGACGCCGAAUAUUUUUUCAUCCAUUUUGCAAAUGAUUUAAUGUUUUCACCUCUUCAGUUUCAAGUAGCCGACAAACGUCCAAGCGACAUAUGAAACAAUUCUGAAGUACUUUUUUAUUUUUUGGCAUGGAAACAUAACAUAGGAAGAUUGGACUAAAAAUAUUCCUGGCACCAUUUGCUUCCCCGCGAUGCUAUACAACCUCUUAUUAUACUAAUUAUAGCAUGUAAUUAUAAACCGGCAUCCCAAAGCAGCGGUCAAACGAGAAUGGGAGCGAAAAUUUACACGAGAGUUAAGAGUUUUCUCAACUCUCAUGCCCUGCGGGUCAAACGAGUAUACAAGAGUCGCAUGAGAGCUGACUGGAUACUCGACGAAAACUCUCAUCAACUGACGCCGUCAAAAUUUGAACCAGCUCAAAGUUAAUGAGAGUGCACGAGAAUCGAUAAGACGCGAGCGAGAGUUGCAAGUCUCAGUCUCUCAUCAACUCUUAUCAGAUAAGACUUGAUGAGAGACUGAGAUAAUCAACUCGGCCAUCUUCGUUUCACCGGAGCUCUAAUUUAAUUUCUACUACGUCACCUCGCUGCAUGUGCAUUACAGAAUAAAUUACAUCUUUUAUGUGAUAGGUACAGUGAUUGCACAAUCGCUGUUUCGAACUUUCAUGUGCUCAGAGAUAUUCGCUUCCUUAAUAGAUUAAUAAGCAUCAUUAUUCAUUAACAAGCCAUUAGGUACAUUUUUACUUUUACUACCUCCGUUGACGUCAAAGCUUGUGGGCGAUCUGUAAGGCAGAACUAUAAGCACAGUUUAAUUUAAAGAGAUAAACUUGCGAUACUUAAUUUAAACUUGCCUUUCACCUCUAAGGUCGCAGGUUCAAGUCUUAGUGAGUUUCUGGACGAGACUCGAACCCAGUCCUCAUGUGAAAAGAGUAAAAGUCAACGCUCUGCCGAAAGUCGUUGGGUUUUCUCCGGGUACUCCAGUGGAAUUCCUCCCACAGAGAAAGUUGACAGGGUGGGUUAGGUAAAAGGGCCCACAGUGAGUCAUUGGCAUAUGCUGUUGUGAUGACUCUGCCCUAGUUGGCAAAGCUAAAUAAAUAAAUAAAGAUUUUAGCCAGUUUCACUGCAGAUGAUACCUCGCUAUGUUAAGGUUAUGUUAAACCAAAGGCCCUAACCCAUUUUUAAACAGCGAGGCAUAAAUCUAUAACCUUAAUAUUAAUUAGACUACAGUCUCCGACAAAAUAUUUUUAAUUAAAGCCGGGAUUUGUAGCUGGAAAUUUCGAGUGGAAUUUUUAUACAUUUAUUAGACCUACCCAGGAGCAGUUGCGAAAAAUGCAACUAGUAUCAGCCCUCUGGCAGGAAUCGAACCUGCGGGCCUGCGAUUCCGGUGCAGCGGUCUAACCAGCUGAGCUACAGAGAGACAGUUGUCGAGCUCUAACCAGAAGUUCAUGUUAUUAAGGUGAUGCCAGUGUACGAUGUAUGAGUAUAUAUCAGGAUUUGGGCAUCUCAAUCGAUAUAAUAUGCGACACCUCAGGAUUUCGUUUGCCUGAUCCUAUUCAAUGCCUUGGUAUAACUCAAUAUAUAUGAUAUUUUGGUUAAUAUAAAUCAUUUUCACUAUCGGUCCACCUGAUGAUGUAUCCUUUUAACCAACAUUGAGUAAGGGGAACAGGGCUAACAACAUAUGUGUACAUGUCACUCACAACAGCUUUUGUCUUGAGAACAGCUAGAGACUGAAAAUUGCUACUCGCCGCCGAAUCACACUAUGUACAGGGGCGUAAUUUGGGUCUAUACAUUAGGGGUUAUGUUUUGCUCGAUGUAAGAGGGUGUGGUCAGAAAAUAGCGUAAAGAUGCAGGGAGAAAUUCAAGAGGUAGCGUCGGAUGCACCAUCCUCGUCGGAUGCACCAUCCUCGUCCUCAGGCCUGCGCGCUAGGCCUUUCCCGAUUGCGCUGGUAAAAUCCUAAAAAAGUGCUGGCAAAAAUGGCUAAAAAGUGCUCAAAAAGUGCUCAAAAUCUCAAAAUAGUGCUCAAAAAGUGCUAAAAUUGUGAACAGUUACCUCUAAGAUUUUCGUAAAUUUUUUAAAAUCAGCAUUUUUUAAAAUCUGUUUCCACGUCCUUCUCCAUAUAUGGAACAAACUUCCGUAUAUGGAGUUGUUUACGACAAAAAAAAAGAGAACUCGAAAAAGUCAGCGUUCUAAUUUUUUAACUGUAAUGUCAUAUGCAGCUGUACGGCUUUUCUUUUGGAGUUAUACCUAAAUUAUAUAUAAAAUAAUAGUAUAAUACCCGUCAAUUUUUAAACCUUACUCCGAACUGUAUGUUUAGUUAAUCGAAGUACGAAUCGAAUUCUAUAAUCGCUAACUUUUUGUUGCUCAAAAUUCGCUCGAAAUGUGAAAUAUUGCUCAAAUGUUGCCCAAAGUGCGAAAAAGUGCUCAACGUUGCUCAACAUGCAAAAUGGUGCUCCAAACAAAAAAAAGUGCUCAAAAAGUGCUCAGCGCAAUCGGGAAAGGCCUACUGCGCGCGGGCCUGGGGACGAUGAUGCGCCGACACACCUAUCGAGUGCUAAAGGCGCGAGAGCCCUAGAGAGCCCUAUGCUUUCUCAGAAAAUGUUGAAAAUGUUUGUAAAUUUGCCAUUUGCAAACAAAAUUGCCGUUUUCAAACAUUAGGUGCUGUCACGCCCCUUAAGCCCGGCCCCUCAGGAUUUACGCUCCUAAUUAUGUACGUAGCAUUAAUAUACAAUUUUUUAGAAAGUGAGUAAUGGAAAUGAAAAACCAUUCAUGUAUAUUACAUGUUAUCAUUUUAUAGGAGAAAUCUCCCAGUUGGAGAUGAAGCAAAUAUCACAGUCACAGUUUAUAUCUAUUUCCGACACAUUGUGUGAGAUAGUGAAGGGAUUGAACGAAAGUCAAAUUGCGGCUACAUUUGAAAGUGUUGUAAGUAGACUCUGCAGUAGUUUUGACAGUGUUGUUAUACCACCAAUGGCAGCCAUUAAAAAUUGUUUAGAUCUUCUCAUUGGAGAACAAAGACUUGACUUUAUUAAUGGUGCAUAUUAUUUCAAGAGUACAGUAGCUUCAAAACCACGAGAAAAGUUAACCACGUCCCCUCACAUACUGAAAACGGAAAUACAAGGACCCAGCCGGCAUGUUCUGUUGUCUAAAAAGGCCGUAACGGAAGUUAAAAGUUAUAUGAAAAGAGGAAAAUUGAAUGGAUAUGAGCGUUUGGAAUCUGAGAAAGUAAAGGAGAGAACAAAAAUAGCCAAGUUGGACAAUACAGGAAAUUAUGAAGCAGAACGUCAGAAAGGACACGAGUUGAAUAAAAAUGAGCAAAGUCUUGAAACGAAAACCAACAGAAAAGGUAAAAAGAAUAACGUGGUAAAAUCAAGUAGUUUAAAAGUCCGCAAGCCAAAUCACUGUAUUCCUCGUAGGCAAUUUCCAUAUGAGGAAUUACAUUCACAUGCGAAACAAAAAGAACUUGAAGAUAAAAAGCAAACUAAUAAACGUAAUUUUUUUCUUGGGAAACUUUCACGACUUUUCAAAAUGGAGGAUAAUAAUUUGGCGAGCAAUGAUGAAAACGACAACGAUUCAGACCACGGAUGGGAGAAGAUUGUGACUGACGCACAAGUGAAAUUGCUUUCAAACCAAGUGGAAACGCAGCAAAAACGUGUACUGGAUCAGAGCUGGGAGAAACAUAAUGGAAGGAAGAAACCCAAGAGAAUCAAGGAAAGAAAUGUUGUUAGCACUAAACAAAUUGACACGACAAGACAUGGAGGAAAUUUGUCAAGGAACAAGAAUGUUCAACGUCGUAGAACAGUGUAUAAUCAACAAUGUCCAUCACGGGCGAGUAGUACCAACGCAAGCUCACAUUCAAGAUCUUCUGAUCGGGGAAACACAAGAAAUAAAAGCAUAGAACAAAAAACAGAAUGGAAAUCUUCUCUGACGAGAGAACGGGAAGAUUCAGCUAAACAAUAUUCCUUAUCUUCUGAUUCCGAGUCAAGUUGUUCUAAUCUGAACAAUUCAGAUAAUUCAUUAAGCUCAGAGAGCAGUGUUGAAUUAGCCAGGAAAUCAUUUCAUUAUUCCGAAGAAGAUACAACCAAUGUUGAAUCGUGGCAAGCAAGCCGGGAAGAUGGUGCUUCCAAUUUUUGUUCAACUCAAGCAAUCUGCGGUGACCUGGAACUCAGUACUCUCUCAUUAAAUCCAACCAGGAAAAUAGCAUCAUCAUCGUCAUCAUCAGACACGUCAAGUAUAGAGCAUGUUGAAAAACAUUCAAUUAUUCCUGGGGUGAACUACAAUGGAGUUUUAGAUCAGCAAAAUAACUUACGCAGUCGUAAUCUUGUCCAACUAAUUGGAAUUUUGUAAAGAUUUUCCGUUUCAAUGAAUGUGUAAUAACGUACUUAACUGCGGUUUCCUAUCUUAUGUAUAGGAUAAACACCGAGGAGGGAUUUAUGUCAGAUAAUGACCCGAGGGCGCGCAGCGUCCGGACUCCCAGGGCAUAUUAUCUGACAUUAAAUACUCAUUAAAAAUGCAUAAACCUUGUGGCAAAUCAUGUCAGCCAUAAUAUGUCACGUGGAGUGACUUUAUAUCUGAUAAAACUCAUCUUCAUUAGUAUUCUUUACAUAAUUGUUCAU